AUGGAGUCGGUUUCGCCUUCCCCAAGCACCGUGAACAGCGACACGACGCUGCCGUUGGCGAGUAGCGCCAGCUCGGAUGGUCUCGCGACUCCGGUGGGAGUGCCGGCGGCGCAAGGGCUUAUCCGGGAAAUGAAGAACAGGCUGGUAGAGUUAGACGAAACCUUGGGCGAUCUGCAUGCGCAAACACUCGAGGCGGCAGCGUUCGGUGGAGAGCCGCAGAUAGCGAGGGACAUCGAAAAUCUGCGAGCGCAGCUGCAAGAGCAGGACCAGCGACAACGCGAGGGCAUCCAAGAGAUCGAAUUGAUACUAGGAAAGGUGCUGAACACCGAAGUCAUCGAGCACAUGAAGAGCGGCGCUGAAGCAGACAUUGCACGCCAAGUAGACGCGUUGGUGGCCGCCCAGGUGGCAGAGCUGUUGAAACUGCACAUGCCCGAGGAGCUGCAAGUCGAGGUUGCGCGGCAAGAGGAAUGGUUGGAGGAGAUCCAGAGGGAUCUCCGCAAUUCCGAGAACCGGCGGGCAAAUGCGAUGCUUCGCGAUGGCGAGUCAGCACCGCUGCAGCCGAUCUACAAGAUGGACGGAACGGUCGCAGACAAGUUUCCAUCGACGCUGAAAGAGCUGUUUGAAAUGGACGUAUCGACCUCGCAGGAGCUUAUGAGGGAAUACGAGCUGUCCGAGUGCUCAGCGUCGCGCGAACGAAACCUCAACCGACUGAUGCAGUUCUUCAAUGUCAAAUAUCAAUUGGCUGGCGCUGUAGGUUCGUGA